AUGGGGCGGCUCUGGGGCAGGAUGAAGAAGGGCAUAGAAAGUUGUGUGGAGGAGCAUACCAAUGCCAGUAAUGCCAGUAAUGGUUUUUCCUUCAGGGAGAUAAUGGAAUAUCCCCAGCACUGGGUCUAUUUUUACUCAGCCAUCACCCAUGGACCAUCAGUGUAUCGAUCGACUUACGACCUAUGCAACUUACGACCAUUUGACUUUACGACCACAAUCGCUAGCCACGACUGCUCCGCAUCUGGCAGCACAAACGUUGCCCAGCUGGGCGUACGACAGUGCGGUCCAGCUUCCGGCAGCACUACCGUCUCCGCGUGCACCAUUUCAACUGUACAUACAGCCUACUCAACUUACGACCAAAUCGUGUUACGACCGUUCCGCGGUCCCGAGCACGUUUUGCUGCCGCACGGAAGAGAACAAGAAGGAGGCCGGAGCCGAACUCUUCCUGCCAAGACGUCUAUUGGUGUACCGAUUAAAGUACUGCAUGAGGCCGAGGGCCACAGUGUGACAUGUGAAACAAACACCGGCCAGCUGUAUCGUGGGAAGCUCACUGAAGCAGAGGACAGCAUGAACUGCCAGAUGUCCAACAUCACAGUCACAUACAGAGAUGGCCGGGUGGCACAGCUGGAGCAGGUAUACAUCCGUGGCAGCAAAAUUCGCUUUCUGAUUUUGCCUGACAUGCUGAAGAAUGCACCCAUGUUAAAGAGCAUGAAAAAUAAAAACCAAGGCUCGGGGGCUGGCCGAGGAAAAGCUGCUAUUCUCAAGGCCCAAGUGGCUACAAGAGGAAGAGGACGUGGAAUGGGACGUGGGAACAUCUUCCAGAAGCGAAGAUAAUUUUCUCCUUUGAACAGAACUUUGCCCUUUUCUCUUUUUAGGUUAUCUGAGUUCAUUGGAGUAGGUGCUUGUGUAUAUGUUCUAGGUAUUCUUUUGACAUCUUUCUUUUUAGAUCAGGGGAAAUGUUAAGCUAAAUAAAUCUGGGG